AAAAUUAAAAUUAACAUACUCAUAAUAAUAAAAAACAUUAAAAUGAAGCGGAAAUUAAAAAAAAAAAAUACAAUAAUACUAUGACUAGUACAGUAUUAACUAUAACAAUUUUGGUUACCCUGUUCGUGAUGUGUCUUCUGUGGGUGCUGAUAAGUUGUUUAUAAAGUUAAUUUAAAAAACAGACAGAGAGAGAUAGGUAGACUUGCAAUUUUUAUUCCAACCGCCAGUGGGAGACGUCAGAGCCUCGCCUGCCGCACGUGCUUUCGUCUUCAUGUUACCCGCUAUCACAGCGAAGUGAGGAAAAGAAAAUAACUGGCGCAAAAUGAAGAAAACAUUUACCGCUGAACAACUAUCGGACUGGUUCACUUCAGGGACCAAGUUUGCAAAUAUUAAGCUCACAGAAGAAGUGGCUGAGAGGAAGUCAGACGAUGAACCAUCGUCGAAAGAGAGCAGCCUCCAGCAAAAUGGAUGUUUAAAAACAAAAAAAAAUUCAAAAGGUUUAAGAAUCUGUUAUGCUAAUCCUCCUCCACUCACAAGCUAUGAGUAUCCAGACUUGCCCAUAGCCAAAAACAGACAGGAGCUGAUUUCCCUCAUAGAAAACAACUCUGUAGUGAUCAUUCAAGGAGCCACAGGCAGUGGAAAGACCACCCAGCUGCCACAGUACAUUCUGGACUAUUACAAUGAGAAAAAUGCCUCAUGCAACAUUGUAGUCACCCAACCACGUAAAAUUGGAGCCACCAGUAUUGCUCGAUGGGUUGCCAAACAGCGGAAGUGUACCCUGGGUAGUGUGGUGGGAUAUCAGAUUGGCCUGGAGAAGAUGGCAACUGAGCAUACCCGACUAAUCUACGUGACCACAGGAGUGCUGCUGCAAAAACUGGUUCAGGCCAAGUCCCUCACUGAAUUCUCCCACAUUUUUGUAGAUGAGGUUCAUGAGCGCACAUCAGAAAUGGACCUUCUCCUUCUAAUUUUGAGAAAACUCCUCCAUUCCAACUCUUACCACAUCAAGAUAAUCCUUAUGUCAGCCACCAUUAACUGCAAGCAGUUUGCUGACUACUUUGCCACUCCUAUUCGUGGCAAACUGAACCCAGCCUAUGUGUUUGAAGUGGAAGGGGCAUCCUAUGCCACUGAAGAUUUCUACCUGGAUGACCUCCACCACCUGUCUCCGUAUAGGACUGAAUCACCACAUCCAGGCGACCUGUACAUCUCAGCAGAUAUGUACAAUCUUGCCAUCAGUCUCAUCCAGAGCUUUGAUGAAAUGGAGGGCAAAAAUUCCAGCAGCAAGGCCGAGAAAGAGGGAGGCAUGACUUUGUCAGAGAGAGGAAGUGUUUUGGUUUUCCUCCCUGGCAUACACGAGAUAAGCUACAUGCAGGAGGCCUUGACCAAGCUGGUUCACAAAAGAUUGCAGGUUUAUCCUCUUCACUCAUCAGUGACACUGGAGGAGCAGAACGGCGUGUUCCUCUUUCCUGUUCCCGGAUACAGGAAGGUGAUCCUUUCCACCAACAUCGCAGAGAGUUCAGUGACUGUUCCAGAUGUCAAAUAUGUUAUUGACUUCUGCCUGGGUCGCCAAUUGGUGUGUGACCCGGAUACCAACUACCAGUCUCUGCAUCUCACCUGGGCAUCCAAAACCAGCUGCAACCAACGCAGAGGUCGGGCAGGUCGAGUCUCAAAGGGCUACUGUUACAGACUUGUUACCAAAGAGUUUUGGAAAAAGGAAAUCCCAGACUACAUGAUUCCUGAGAUGCUGCUUGCUCCGCUCUCCACUGUCUUGUUGAAAGUAAAGCUGCUGGACAUGGGAGAUCCCCGCUCCCUCCUCUCCACAGCACUCUCACCUCCCAACCUCUCUGACAUAGUUAGGACUGUGCUACAACUCAAAGAGAUGGGUGCACUGUCUGUGAAAAGUGAAAGCAGAGGUCAAAAUGAAGAUGGUGAGCUGACGUUCCUGGGCCGAGUGCUGGCUCACUUGCCUUUAGAUCUGUACCUGGGGAAGAUGAUUGUCCUGGGCCACGUCUUUGGUUGCCUGGAUGAGUGCCUCAUCAUUGCUGCCUCUCACUCUCUGAAGAGCUUCUUUGCAAUACCGUCCAUGCAGCAGAUUGCUGGCCAUAGGAGCAAGCUGGCUUUUACCCGUGGCACACCAAGUGAUUCCAUAGCUUUCCUAAAUGCCUUCAAGGCAUGGCACUCAGCCAAGAAGAAAGGACAGCUGAGGCACCCAAAGGAUGAGCUGGACUGGGGAAAGGAGAACUUCAUUCAGAUCAAGAGGAUCAGAGAGGUUGCAGAGCUGUAUGAGGAGCUGAAGAAGCGUGUGUCUCAAUUCAACAUGAAUGUAGCAGAGGAAAGCCAGUUCUCAGACUACACCAGUGCACACAAGCAGGCAUUCAUUCUUCAGGUGGUCAUUGCUGGUGCGUACUACCCAAACUACUUUCUUCAGGUGGAUAUAGAUGAAGCCCUGGCUUCCAGAGAGCUGAGUGGCUUCAAUCCCAGAACGACAGUGAUGUUGAGGAACCUUCCGCCGUACAGUUUCCUGUAUUACAAGCAGCUGCAGUGCCUGUUCCGCCUCUGUGGACAGGUCAAAGCCUUUUCCUUCGAUAGCUCCAGAGCAUACGUGGAGUUCUACAGGACAUCCCAGGACUCUGGUGUGCUGCCUGAAGUGUCUCUUGCCCUCCUGCUGGCCCAUCAGAGACCUGCAAUGGAGCUGUCAGUCUACCCCAUUGAACAAAUAGAACACUGUGCUGGGAACAGACACAUAACUCACAUGAAAUAUUCACGUGUGAAUGUUGACUUCCAGAGCCAGUCUGUCUGCCCAGUGGGAGUGGUCAGCAGCACCGUCGACCCCGCCAAGCUACCCCCCAAUCGCAUGUUUGUGGUGAACAUCACAAAAGUGGUGGAGGUUGGUCAUUUCUGGGGGUUCCAAGCAGAUGAAGCCAGCUUGGAAAAACAGCGCCAACUGACAGCAGAGAUUAACACGUGCACGCUGCAUCCUUUAACUGUGUCGCUCUACCCAAACCUACUGUGCCUGGCUCCCUACUCUGAGUUCAAUGAGCAGAGCAUGUACUACCGUGCCAAGAUCCUACACAUACGUGGCAACACAGUGGAGGUCUUCUUUUUGGACUAUGGCAACAAUGAGAUCGUUUCUUGCAGUAGCCUCAGAGAGCUGCCAUCUGAUCUGCUGUCUCAUCCUUUCCAGGCUCAGGAGUUCCAGGUCACUGGUAUGCGUCCUUCAAAUCAGUCCAUCAUUCUGGGGAACCAGUGGAGCAGCUGCGCCCGCAACCGCUUCAUCAAUCUAGUGAAGGGCCAAUCUCUCAUCGUGUCCCUGUACUCCAUCCUCUAUGGUGUGAUGCGUGUGGAUUUGUUCAUCCACUCCGAGACAGCAAACACCAGCGUGGUAGACUUGCUGGUGGAAGAAGGACAUGCUGUGAAGGCUGAAGAGAGCUUUGACUCCAAGCAAAACAAUGAGGUGCUGAUGUCUCUGUACAAGGACACGGAGGAAGGUGUAUAUGUGCCCAACUUUGUAAGCAACACCUGGAGCAACCGCAAAAAAGAGGAGAAGGAGCUCAUCGACAGCCUGCUUACCCACUUUUCCAAGCAAUCCCAGUCCUAUUCCAGGACAAAAGUUCGUCUGCAUGGACCAACCAGUCCUCAUAUGAUGAGCUUCCACAGCUUGAGAAGCAACAUGCUUUACAAGACUGUAUGUAUAGAGAAGAACAGCAUCAACUCCUUGGCUCUAAAUGAAAGCCCACAUUGCAAACAUCCGAGGAUGCUGGUGGCCGGGACUGUGUCAGUCAGCUCCACAGGUACUCGUAUUCUACUGCGAGACACCUCCAUUUUGCCAGACAUCCCUGGACUUCCUGGACUUGUAAUGAUGCUCUUCACUCCCAUCAUGGAGCUACGCACUGAUGAAGAGAGAACCUGCUACACUGGGGCACUCUGUGGCUUAGGCUUCAACAGUCAGAAACAGAAGGCCAUCCUGCCUGAGCAUGACAUCGAACUGACCUUUGAUGUGAAGUUUGAUGUUGACGACGUCACUGAGAUAAAUGCUCUACGAGUGGCUAUAAACCACCUCGUGUGCGAAGGCCCCAAUGGCACUCUGCAUCUGGGGACUGACAGGAUCAGCCAGCUGCAGGAGGACUGUCGGGACCGCCUCAUCAGACUGUUUACGAAGUCUCCGCCAAGGGAAGCCAUUGCUCCCCAGUUCUUUGAAAAACUGGGAAAAUGGAACCAGGUGGAUCCUUCUCUGAGGAUGGACAUCGUGGAGCCGGGAGGUGGAAACGCCAGAGGCGUUCUCUACCAGCUACACCCUGUAACUCUGCUCAACAACUAAAAAUGAUUGUUUAAGUAUUUAGAAAUGGUUUAAAUGUUGCAUUGUGAUUUGGUUAACUUCAAUUUUACUUUAACUGUUGUUCGUCGGAGGUUUUUUUUUUCCCCACCCAAGUUUCAAGUCCAAUUUUUGGUGUAGCUUUCAUCCUAACAGGAAAAUCCUCCUUCCUUUCUUCGUUUACUGUUACUUAGACACUUCCUGUUUAACUCGGUGGCUGCUGAAGUUCAUUGAUAAGAUUCAGCCUCUUUGCCUUGUUGUGUUUCUGCAGUUGAUCAUUAAAAAUAGUUGUCUGCAACAGAUGAAGCUUGUCAGUCUUCUGAUUGUGACUCAAGAGUGAAGUUAAAUUUGUCAGCACACACAGACACACACUUGUCUCCUACUAUUAGAGGUGUGGUGGUGCCAGAAUGUAUUGGCCUAUAUUUAUAGCUCGUCAUUCCAAGUCUCUCAUUCUAAGUGUUAGCACCUUAAACUUAGCUGUUGUGUCACACAGAAACACGACUUCAUCUUAUGAAUGUCAACUCAUCAGUAAAGUGGCUUUGGAGAUGUUUUACACCAAGGUACAUUUAUUUUUCUUAUUCUUGUAAUUAAAUACAUACUGUGAGUGCAAAUAGUUAAAGAGUCCAGGGUCUAAAGAACUACAGAGUAUAGUUGAACAUAGUACAAAGUUGGACAGUUAUUCAAACAAGCUAAAUAUCACCAGAUACUCCUUGUCUUCAUAAGUUGUACAAUAGUACCUAAAACAUGAGCGUGGGUAUUGUUCCUUAUGGUUAUACAAAAGCAAAAACCCUACAGUUACCACAUCUAAGACGCAUAUCGUUAAAUUAUUUUGUGCUUGGAAACACCAAAAGGAAAUCAUUUUGGAUAUUUAUAUAUAUUGACAUAUACUGAGAGAAGCCCCAUCUGCUAACUCAGAAACAUGAAGCGGUAUUCAACAUUGGCAGCAGAG